UAGGGCGCAGUCGCUCACCCAUCUCCCACCAAACAGUUCCUACUUGCAGGCUGCGGCACGUCUCCUUGUCGCUCUGCUCUGUGCGCGCUCGGUCGCCGUCCCGGCCUUGAGCCCCGCCCCCUGUUCGGCGAAAUGGCGCAGUGGGACGAGCUCGUGGACGCCGCUCUCGCGAGGCUGGAAGCCAGGAGCCUUCUGCGCGCCACGCGCCCCAUUGCGCUCGCGCUGCCGCCCGCGGCCCCGUGCACCUUCGCCGGCCUCGGGCCCUGGGACCGCGCCGCCGUUGAGAUCCGGCUCGACCGCGACACCUUACAGCAAUGGCUGGCCGAAGGUGGUGAGGCGAGUGGCCAGGAAGAUGAAUUGGACGGGAAUCUGAUUCUCUUCUCCGGGAAUGACUACAUGGGCCUCAGCUCGCACCCGGCAAUCCGUGAGGCUGCAGCGAAGGCAGCUCAAGAAUACGGCAUGGGGCCGAGAGGCUCUGCGUUGAUCUGUGGGUAUACUACUUACCACAAAUUGGUGGAGGAAUCGCUGGCAGAAUUGAAGAAAAAAGAGGAUUGUCUUCUUUGCCCCACCGGAUUUUCUGCAAACAUGGCUGUGAUGAUUGCUUUGGGGAGCAUCAGCUCCCUUUUGGCUCCUGGGAGAAAACCUGCAGACGACGAGCGAAUCGCUAUUUUCUCAGAUGCGCUGAACCAUGCUUCAAUCAUUGAUGGGAUUCGCCUUGUGGAGCGACAGCAAGAAGCUGUAGUGUUUGUCUACAAGCACUGUGACAUGUCCCAUCUUGAUUUCUUGCUGUCCAGCUGCUCAAUGGAAAAGAAAGUUGUUGUCACAGAUAGCCUGUUCAGCAUGGAUGGUGAUUUCGCUCCAUUCCCUGAACUUGUCAAAUUACGCAGAAAGUAUGGAUUUUUGUUGGUCAUCGACGAUGCGCAUGGGACACUUGUUUGUGGUGAGAAUGGUGGUGGUGCAGCUGAGCUGUUCGGAUGUGAAAAUGACAUUGACAUAGGUGUUGGCACCCUAAGCAAGGCUGCUGGCUGCCAGGGUGGUUUUAUAGCAUGCAGCACUAGAUGGAAGAGGCUAAUUCAAUCACGGGGGCGCUCAUUCAUAUUUUCAACUGCUUUGCCAGUGCCAGUAGUUGCUUCUGUGCAUGCGGCCCUCUUUGUCUCACGGAAGGAGAAAUGGCGGAGAUCAGUGAUCUGGGGGCAUGUGCAGUAUUUUGCUUCUUUGACCAAACUCGACAUAGCUAGCCCCAUCAUUUCCAUUGUAGUUGGAAGUGAAAAGGCAGCGCUCAAGGCUGGCAGGCAUCUGCUAAGAUCUGGAUUUCAUGUUACACCAAUCCGACCACCCACAGUUCCACCCAACUCAUGCAGGUUGCGAAUUACUCUUAGUGCUUCUCACUCCUCGGAUGACAUCAAAAGGCUGGUCGAUGCACUCACGCCCUGGCUCCCUGUCAAACAUGCUGAGCAGAGUUACGCCACAGCGUCAAAACUCUAAGCAACGAUCUAUCUGAGAGUUCAGAUUCAAGCUUGAGGAAGUAACACUAGCUAAGAGCCUUCUGGAUCAUAUGAGGAAGAAGCGGAUAAGUUCGCGUUGAACAACACGAUUAUUCAUACCAUUCAUCUAUGUUUGUAUCACGGCAAAAACUUUUCCAGAACUGUUGUGGUCUCACGAGGCAUACAUCCCUUGCCGUUUAUAAAAAGACUUGUCUGAUUGGUAGGA